GCAAAGUGUGCUUUUGCCCCUUCGUCACUUCAGAGCGGAGCAAAUAUACAUUGUCAGUAUGGCCCUGGCUGCAACACCGACUCUUGGGGCCAUAGAGGCGGAUAUAUCAAGCCUCGAGUCCUCCGUGCUCGCCCUUGUUGGAGGUAUAUUGAGUACAGGAACGCUGUCGAAUCCUGCCCCAACCGACCUUGGAGCCGGACUCAUCUCCGAGCUGCUUUCCGGAUUGCCGACAAAUGUGCCAACGAACCUCGUAGGGAGUGGGAUACCAAUUAUCCCAUCCAGAUUAACAAGAAUCUCAACCAGUACACACCACACUACCCGAACCGGUAUUGACGAAAAUUCUAUGAGCCUGUCUACCGCUACCACUGGAGCCAACCAGCUAGCCCAAACGAAAGGCGGCCUCACAACGGAACAGAAAGUCGGUAUCGGAGUAGGUGUGGGCCUUGGGGUAAUAUUCCUCGCCACUAUCGUCCUCUCUGCGUUCGUCUUUGGACGUCUCAGUGCACGACGAGCAAAGAAGAUGCAACCAACGAUCCCUGCUGGCACGGAUAUGCAAAAGAAGGCGCAGCCUAGAUUUCAUGCACAGACGGCCGAACUUCCUAUAACCACGUAUAAUUCUCCAUAUGCGGCAGAGUUGCCUGCGAAGAGAUAUUAGGUCGACCGGUAUGCAUCGACUAGACAUGGACCCGUGCUACUACCCGAACGACUAAGUGGUUCUUAAUGGUCAAGAGCGAUAUCCACUAGGAUCCCGUCCUUCCAGAACUCGAUCCGCUAGCAGAAAUCGUUUGGUUGGCCUCACCAGUGGAGAAGAUACCCAAUCGGAACCUGUGUGAUGAAGGAGACU